AUGUCGCGAGCCAAUGUUCCACGUGAGCCGCAAUCCGAGUCGGCAGAUGUGUUCGCAGAACCAUCCUCUCAAGGCUCAAGAUCCGAGCAGGUGAUGUCUCCAAGAUCCGGUUCCUCCGCAUCGGUUCUUCAGUAUGGCUCAGAGAUGGGCUCCGUUUCACAAAUGUCGUCAGCGUCGACACUACGACGAGGAGGACCACGCGGAGAUCUCGGAAUCGCCGCUGUUGAUCAUCGUACCGUCCAGAUUCAAGGAAUGGACGACGAUUUGGCUGCAGAUGACGGACAGCCGAGACUCUACGUCUGGGGAACACGUAUCUGUGUCGCUGAUGUUCAGAGAGCAUUCCGCGACUUCCUGACUGUCUUCAAGAUCAGUCAUUUGGAUGAAGACGAGAAUAUGAUGACUGGAAACGACGAGAAUCUUCAUCCAAUCGACAUGAGCCAGCCUUAUUACAUGGAACGUCUUCUGGAAUGCAAUAACGCGGAAGUUACACACAUCAACUUGAAUCUCGCUCAUCUUCAAUCGUUCUCAGAUGCUCUCUACCGCAAAGUCAUCGCCUAUCCAGCGGACGUGAUCCCAUACCUCGAUAUUGUUGUGAACGAGGUCUUCGCUGAGCGAUUCAACCGAACCCUCUCCCAAUCCAUUGAACUUCGUCCGUUUAACGCCGAGAAGACGCGUAACAUGCGUGGAUUGAACCCGAAUGAUGUGGACCAGUUGAUCACUAUCUCUGGAAUGGUAACGCGGACUUCUGCUCUGAUUCCCGAGAUGCGAAGCGGAUUCUUCCAAUGCAGCGUUUGUGCGUUUGGAAUCGAGAGUGAAGUCGACAAAGGACGUAUCGAGGAGCCAGUUGUGUGCACAAACUGCUCGAACACCCACUGCUUCCAACUCGUUCACAAUCGAUCCAUUUUCCUUGAUAAGCAAGUCAUCAAACUGCAAGAGUCACCAGAUGACAUGCCUUCUGGAGAGACUCCACACACUGUCUCGGUAUAUGCACAUGGAUCGUUGGUGGAGUCGGUGCAGCCCGGAGAUCGUAUCACUGUCACCGGAAUCUUCCGUGCAGUUGGAAUGAAGGUCAACCCGAAGCAAAGAGCUCUUGCAUCAGUGUACCGAACAUCGAUUGAUGCUCUUCACUUCCGCAAAAUGGACACUGCUCGAUUGCAUCAAGACAACGGAGAGACACUUUCAGAAGAACGUAUCCAGCAGAUUAUCGAGUUGUCAAAGCGCCCGGAUAUCAUGGAUGCUCUCGCUCAAGCUAUUGCUCCAUCGAUCUAUGAGCAUGACGAUGUGAAGAAAGGAUUGCUGUGUCUCUUGUUCGGAGGAACUCGCAAGGAUGAUGAGACUACGAAUAAGACGAAACUCCGCUCAGAAAUCAAUAUUCUUCUUUGCGGAGAUCCAGGAACAUCGAAGUCUCAAAUGCUUCAAUACGUGUAUCGUCUUCUGCCACGCAGUCAGUACACUUCUGGAAAAGGAUCAUCCGCUGUCGGUCUCACCGCUUCUGUCAGUCGUGACGCUGACACGAAACAACUCGUUCUGCAGACAGGAGCUCUCGUUCUUGCUGACAAUGGUGUGUGCUGUAUUGAUGAGUUUGACAAGAUGAAUGACAGUGCUCGUAGUGUUCUUCACGAAGUCAUGGAGCAGCAGACACUCUCCAUCGCUAAAGCCGGUAUCAUUUGCCAGUUGAACGCUCGCGCCUCGAUUCUCGCCGCCGCGAAUCCAGUUGACUCGAAAUGGAAUCAAAACAAGACUAUUGUCGAGAACAUUCAACUGCCACACACUCUCCUCUCUCGUUUCGAUUUGAUCUUCCUCAUUGUCGAUCAACAAGACGAGAUGCAAGACAGAAGACUCGGAAAUCACUUGGUCUCGUUGUACUUUGAGAACGGCACAGAGCAAAAGAAGACGGAAGAACUCGAUAUGAAUUUGCUCAGAGAUUACAUUGCCUACGCCAAAGCAAACGUCCACCCGAAACUUGGCGAGGACGCUUCUCAAUUCAUUAUCGAAAAGUAUUUGUUCAUGAGAAAAGCUGGCGCUCAACACGGACAAAUCACUGCUUACCCAAGACAACUCGAGUCUUUGAUUCGUCUUUCGGAGGCUCACGCCAAGAUUCGUCUGUCCGAAGAAGUGUCUGUUGAUGAUGUUGAAAAGGCUUUCACAUUGUGGCGCGAAGCUCUCAAACAAUCGGCCAUUGACCCAGCCACAGGACGUGUCGACGUUGCGAUUCUCGCGUCUGGAAUGAGUUCUUCUGGAAGAAAGGCCGUCGAAGCAAUGUGCGAGGUCAUUCUGAAGCAGCUGAAGACGGCGAAAGGAUUCGUGACGUCGAAAGCGUUGUUCCAAACACUCAAAGCGGCUGAUAAGACAUGUACAAAAGAAGUUUUCGAUGAGGCACUCAAUGAAUUGGCCAAGAAAGAGACGAUCGCUCGAUCCGGUGAACGCGUUCGAUUCCAAGCUGUCGACGCAUAA